CUCGUAUUGAGGUUAUAGUUAUUAAACGGGCCCGCACAUGAUAUUGUCACCCAAUGUAGUUUCACCAAUGUAGCCGUGAAUGCGGGUUAAAGAUUUCCAAAAUUAUUUCCUGACAAAAUCAUUUUGUUCUAAAGAAAUGAUUAAGUAAUAACUUAACUGAUCUUAUUUAUUCACUAUUUUACUGUCCGUACGAAAACAACUUCAUUGUUGUUUGUCUCACUGAUUGUGUGUACAAAUUGAAAACUGGCCCGACAAUGGCUAAUUUCGUCUAUUCUGAUAAUAUAGUUCUUAACGAUUUCCAUCACUUAUAGAUAAUAUCCAUCUAAUAUUUUUAAAUUUACAGUUUAUUAUUUAUUUUUCCAAAGAAAUGGGACCUGCACGACAGUCAAAGUCGUUAUUUAUUCUUAAAGUUGUUGCGAUUUGGUUGACAUCACUUUAUAAUGAAUGUCAAGGUGAGUCAAUAACUUCUGCCAACGAAUCCGACAAUACAACAACAGGUGAUGUAACAACGUCACAGUUGGAGGGAUCCGGAAUGCAAGAUUACUCAACAACAGUUAAAGUAAUACCAGAGGGACCAAACUACGGUGGAAUAAUCAUAGGAACGUUAUUUGCAAUCGCUGGAAUUAUAAUCAUAAUAGCAUUCAUAUAUAUGCUGAGCAGAAAGACGAGAUUACAAAGAGAAGAAAUUCCAUCAUUUAACAAUCCGAUUACUUUUGAUGACGACUCGACUCUUUGAGAUCACUUAAUUAAAAAACCAACAUUGACACGGAGCACGCAUGGUCAUGUGUCAAAAAAUGUAUGAUAAAUAAUGAGUUUUCAGGAGGUACAUUUGCAAAAAAUAAGCUUGACGACUUCAUGUUUAGCAACAAUUGUAAUAAAUGACAUCUCAAACUUCAAGACUUUCGUGACGAUCCGUGGCCCCUAACUCUCAGCACUCUGUGAUCCUCAACAAAACAUAGCGAAAGAAUAAAUGCAAUGCGGUUGAGGAACAAACAAUUCACAAUGAAUUUACUUUAAAUUAAUUUAGUCAUCACGAAUGGUAGUGAGGGGAUUCGCUUGUGCCUCUCCCACCACGAACCCUUCCGUGACCCCUGAGAGGUUCAAAUUUCCAGAUUCAGAAAUUAUUUCUUAUAUGAAAUUUCCCGUCCAAAUAAUUUAUAAAUUCCAAAUAAUAACGAUUUCAAUUUUUUACAACUGAAACGUAGAAUAUUGAGCUCAUGAAAAUAUUUUUAAAUCGACUUUAAAAACAGGUAAUACUUGUUUUAUGUUAUAUUAAUUGUUAACACAAUAUUAUGCAAUAAAUACUUAAAUAAGAGAUGAUAAAUAUU